AUGGUAUCAAUUAUAUGCAAUUAUAUCAACACAUUCGCCCAAGAUAUUCAUAACUUAUUCUCAUUAUCUAAUUCGUCCGAUAAGGAAAAUAUAAACUAUUCAUUGAUCUUAUUGAUUUUAACUACUAUUUAUUUCAUCUACACUAAGAAACAUUUAUUUAUGGAAAGAUUAUCAGCAUUUGGAAACAAUUCAACUUUUCGUCGUUUCUUACCAGGAAACAAUUCCCAAUUAGAAGAAAAGAUUUUGAACAGAGGUGGGUUCGUCGCAGGUCUAGUCAAUGAUGGUAAUACUUGUUUUAUGAACUCUGUGUUACAAUCUUUAGCAUCGUCCAAAACAUUGUUAGAAUUUUUAGAUAGUGAAAUUAUCCUAAAGGCUGAAGAAUUAGAAGAAAAAGAAAACAACGUAGAAGUGGAUAAUGAAGAAGAGAAAGAAGAAGACGAUGAGGAUAAAGAUGAAGAAAGCACUAGUGAAGAAGUAGAAAAGGGCACCAAAACUGCUAGAUCUAAAACUUACGGUAAACGUAAAAAGAAGUUGGCAAGAAAAAUGGAUGAAAUAGCCUUGAAAAAGGAUGAAAAUGAGCAGGAAAGAAAUGUUACAUUCAGUUUGACUUUCAAAGAAUUAUUGGAUAAAUUGAACUUUAAAUAUUAUAGAGAAAGACAUUAUUUUAAAACUAACAAACUUUUGAGAACAAUGUCCAAGGCCCCAAAUAAGAAUAUCAUUUUAGGAUAUGAUCAAGAAGAUGCACAAGAAUUCUUUCAAAGUAUCUUACUUGAAUUAGAAAAGAAUGUUAAAAGUUUGGGUGAUGAAACAAAUAAACAAGAACCAGUCCCUGAAAGUGAACUACCUGAAAAUGCAUUGAUUGGACAAAACAAAUUGGGUGAAGUUGGUACAGUUUAUAUUCCAACUGAUCAAAUUGAUCCAAACUCUAUUUUAAAUUCAGAUAACUCCACAAAAUUUUAUACUCCUUUUAAAAUGGUCACUCCGUUGGAUGGUAUUACUGCGGAAAGAAUUGGCUGUUUACAAUGUGGUGAAAACGGUGGUAUUAGAUAUUCCAUCUCUUCAGGUAUAAGUUUAAAUUUACCUGCUGAAAACAUUGGAUCUAAUCUAAAAUUAUCACAGUUAUUGAAAGAAUGGAUUAAACCUGAAAUUAUUGAAGGUGUUGAAUGUAAUAGAUGUGCGUUGAAUGCUGUCCGUGAACAUCUAACUGAUCAAUUGAAACAAUUUGAAGCAAAAGAAAGCGGAGCUAUUCCAGAUAAAUUGAUUAAAGCAAUUUCUGAAAGAAUUGAAAAAUUAGAACAAACUUUAUCCAAACCUGUAAUUGAUGAUGAUGAUUACAAAGAAAUGCAUACCGAGAAUAUGGUCCGUAGAUGUUCAAAAUCAAAACAAAUUUUGAUAUCCAGACCACCUCCAUUAUUAUCUAUUCAUAUUAAUAGAUCAGUUUUUGAUCCAAGAACAUAUAUGAUCAGGAAAAACAAUUCCCGUGUUUUAUUCAAAUCUAGAUUGAAUUUGGCGCCAUGGUGUUGUAAUAUUGAUGAGAUCAACCUUGAUGCUCGUUUACCAAUGUCAAAAAAACAGGAAUUUGCUAGUGAAUCUUCAGAAGAUGAAAAUGUUGGCGGAGAAUAUUACGCUAAAUUACACCAGAGAUUUGAACAAGAAUUUGAAGAUAGUGAUGAAGAAGACGAAUAUGGUGAAGAAGAAUAUGCCGAUAGAGAUGUAAAGGAUUAUGAUCCAUUAAACGGUGAAUUUAGUGAAGAUAAUGAUGAUGGAGAUGAAGAAGAAUAUAUCGAAGAACAAGAUGCACUAGGCAAUACCAUCAGGAGAAGAAGAGUUGAAAGAGAUACGUUGAAUGAAGAUGAGCCAUUGGACGACGAGGAUGAUGAUGAUGAAAAUGAUGUUGAUUAUGAAGAAGAAAAAGCUGUUUCUGAAGAAGUUAGUGAAUUACAACACGGUGACGAAAAAAGUGAUGUUGAUUCGGAAGAAGAAUUGGAUAAUUCAAUUUCUGUACCUCCAACUAUUACUGCACCAAGCGCGUCCACGGUUCCGGUCGGUCCAUUAACAUAUUCCUUAAGAUCUGUAAUUGUUCAUUAUGGUACUCAUAAUUAUGGUCAUUAUAUCGCAUUUAGAAAAUACAGGGGGUGCUGGUGGAGAAUUUCUGAUGAAUCAGUUACAAUUGUCGAUGAAGCAGAGGUUCUCUCUACCCCUGGUGUAUUCAUGUUAUUCUAUGAAUAUGAUUUUGAUGAAGAAACUGGUAUGAUGGGUGAUGAUAAAUAUGAGAUGACAGAAGAUGUUCAAGUUGUGGAAAAAGAGGAGGAAUUAUCCUCUACAAGCAACGAAGAAUCGGGUGCUCAUGAGGAAAACAAUCAAUAG